UUUUCCUCAAUGACUGAAGGUCCCGCCUCCAAGGAGAAACGCACCAAUCAGUGACGGAUAUGGAGGAUGAUGGACGUCCCCUCGUCCAAUCAGAGACAGGCGUGGGCGGGCCAGAACGGAUGGUCCACGACUUCGCCUCCAGCAGCGCUGUGCAGCCCCCUGCCCACCUUCCAUCGCCUCAGCGUGGGAUCUCCCUCCCAUCACACCCCCUGCUACAGCCAGCAGCAGGCAUCCCACCAUGACUUCCACAAAGACUGCACGACCUUCUCAAACACGAAUGACUCUCAUCAGGACUUUCUACACACUGCAGACCAAAGUAUGCAGCAAAUGACUCCCAGUCCUCAAGUUUCUUCGAUGAUCCAGGCUGCAGGAACAGGAAAAUCUAUACCUCCAUGUUCUCUUCCUCAUGUGAAUGGAGGCACACAGCUGUUUGACCCCCAACAAACAUCAUUUUAUUCCCCUCACAUCCCUUACCAAGUCGUGAGUCCACCUCUGCAAGCUCCAUCCACACGCCAGGUCAUCCUGAAUGGACCUCAGUCGCUGCAUCAGAAUCAUCUUCUUUAUAGCCCUCCGUUAUUUGGACAACAUGUGAAUCAGAGUCCACUGGGCACAUCCCAAACGCCGUCUGAAGGGGCAAAUAUCAAGUCCCCUUUAGGAUAUUCCUCUAAUCAUUCCUCUCCUAUCGAGCAACAGCCUCAGUGGACACUGUCACCACACUCUGGAGGAACCAUGAAGGAGUUUGGCCUUAACGCAGCUGCACAGGAGAGGAACAUCACACCACAGUCUCCAAACUCAGAGUCCCGGUAUGGCCUGGAUCCAGAGCUCCUGCCUAGUGCUGUAAAGGUGAUGGCCGAGGACAGGGCAGAGUGGGAGGGAAAGGUCUUCAUCUCUGAGCCUUUUUCCCGUCUUCCUCCUCUGGCAACGACCUCCUGUGUCGUAGAGGACAGAGGUAAUGCGAGUCCUUUCGCCAUCCGCUCCACUUCCUACUGCGUGCCCUGUGAAGGUCAGACUGCCCUACUUAGCCGCCUACCGCUGGGAGCUUUGGUCACCCCUAUGGCUCAUCAGCUUGCAGGAGAGAAAUCCAUCCCACUGUGCACAGAGGCAGACUGUGUUGAGGGCUGUGCUUCCUGUGGAGCCUCCAUGUGUCCUGCAAUGAGUUGGCAGGAUUGCGGUCAAAGGUUUUACUGCCCGUUCUGUGGUAAACUCAGUGAAGUGAAGUGGCAGCACUACCAGCCCACCAAGGGGGCGGAGGGGGUCCGGGUUGAUCGGGACAAGAGGCCUGAACUCAGCCUGGGCUCAUAUGAAAUCCUCCGUUCACAGAGGGGUGAACCAGCCGCACUGCUUCUCGCUAUAGAUGUGUCCAUUUCAGCUCUGAGAGGAGGACAUCUGGAGUUUAUAACACAACAAAUACAAACACUACUCAACUCUCUCCACAGGGAGAGCGGCGAGUUAUCAGCAGAUAUCCGUGUGGGUUUGUUGACGUACGACAGCAGGAUCCACCUGUACGACCUCAGCCCUGAUUUGUCCCGCCCACACAUGCUGGUCAUCGCGGAGAAGGACGAUCUGCAGCUGCCUCUCCGGGAGGGGCUCCUGGUGUCCAUCAAAGACUGUGCAGGCAUAAUCGACAGCGUGUUGCAGCUCCUUCCUCAGCUCUGUGCAGACUCUGAUGACUCCAGUGGAGUUCCCAUGGAGCUUCCUGUCAAAGCUGGGCUGGCCGUACUGCAGGGUUUGGGUUGUCCUGGAAAGCUGCUGAUAUUCCACACCGCGUCUCUGAUAGAGAGCGAACACACCAACUCUUCCUCAGGGUUCUUUGGCACCAACAAACCAAAGUCCAUCUUUCAGCCUUCAGAAGCUACGAUCUCAUUGGCCAAGGAGUGUGUCCGUCAGGGAUGCGGCGUUCACCUGUUUGUCCUCUCCCAGCAAGAUGUCGGUGGGGCGUGGCCAGGGCACAUCCCAUAUUUAACAGGUGGAGCGCUGCACGCUUACAGCCACCUGCAGGGGGAAAUGGACAGAGAGCGAUUCAUCAGUGAUCUGAGAAGGACUGUAGAGACGGACACAGGCUAUAACGCUGAGCUCAGGAUAUUUGUCAGCAAAGAUUUACGUGUGUCCGCCUGCUACGGACUGUUUGUGCCCGGUCCCAGCCCGAGACACGUCACCCUGGCAACGCUUGACAGGUGGACAACACUGGCUGUGGAGCUCGCACACACCAGACCUCUGGAUGAGACCCGAGGAGUGGCCAUACAGGUUGCCAUGUCUUACGUCAGCGAGUCAGGAGACAGGAGGACCAGGAUUCACACGCUCACCCUUCGAUGCUCACGCCAUCUGCAGGACACUUUCCGGCACUGCCAGGCCCAAACACUGCUCACCUUCUACUGCAAAAAGAUGUACUGUGCAGCACUGGAGCGCCCUCUGCAGGAGCUGAGGGAGGAACUACAGACAGACAUAACUGAAGCUUUGGCAUCUUACCGCAAACAUGGCUGCUCUGCUUCAGUAUCUGCUGGACAGCUCGUCCUCCCUCAGCACCUGCGAGCUCUUCCCAUUUACAUGAACAGUCUGCGAAAGAGCGAGGUGCUGCUGCCGGGUCUGAGGAGCUCCGUCCACCAGCGGCUCCAGCAGCGCUGCCAGGUGCUCGGCAUGGACGCCUGCGGCACCGCCACGCACUUCUACCCCCUGCUGCAGCCUCUGGUCAGUGCCGUCACCGAGGACGGCUCCGACACUCCACAGCAAGGGGAGGCGUUGCGCUGCUCCUCUGCCAGCCUGGAUCCCACAGGCCUGUAUUUGGUUCAGUCUCCUCUCACCGUGCUGCUGUGGGUGGGCACCCAGGUCCCAGCAUGCACCCUGAUGGAGCUCUUCAACACCGGCUGCUUCUCCUCCCUGCCCUCUGGAGAGACCAAGCUGCCAGUGCUCCAAACCCCGGUGUCCGUCAGGGUGCGAUCGCUCAUCAACAUGCUGGAUUCCCAGACACGCUGCACCCGCAAGCUGUGGGUGGUGAAGCAGGGCGACACCUGUGAAGAGGCCCUGCAGCGCCACCUUGUGGAAGACAAGAGUCCCAAUGGCGGAGCGUCCUACGCCGACUUCCUUUACCAUCUCCACAUCAACUCAGUCCGACUGCUGCAGUGACUCUUUCCUGACUUCCCUGAACGCAGCACAGCAGCAACAAAGCACUAUCAGAAACUAUAAUAAUGAGAAAAUAUUUAAAGAUAACUAACAACUGCAUGGCGACAUCGUGACAGAUGGGUUUUAUUUAUUUAAGAACUACUGUGAUUUGUGUCUGCGUGACGAGUGAUGCGUUAAAUGGUUGUGUUUGUUUAUCGUGUUAAUCUGAGUCGGAGCGAUCCUUUGAUCUCUGCCUGGGAGUUGUGUGUUUGAGCGUGUGCCAGCUCUAUGUUCUGUCAUGUGGAUUAUCUCCAAUAAACAAAACAACAAAAAAAGGAUUUACCUGAACCCGA